AUGGAGGAGUCUGGUCGCAUCAAUGUCACCAUGACUGCCAGAGAAUACGAACUCUUCAAGGAGGCCAAGAGGCGAGUAGCCUCCGAGAAGCAAGCAACUGUCUCGCGACCCCGUCAAGCUCCUAUUGAAGCUUCUAAGGAACCCGUCCCUGUUUCGGAUCGAGGUUAUAAGAGAAAACAGCCCGAGGGGUUUCCUCAGGGCGGGCAACCCCGCCCCGACCUAGCAGGACCCAGUACUCAUCAACUUGGUCGGGAGAAAGAGCCAGAAGGAGAGCCAAUUCUUCUGACUCCCUUGCUUUCCAUCUCCAUUUUCUUGAAUGGAGUUCAGCCAAUUCUGUCUGGAGUUGCUAUUGGAAGUGGGUGGCAAGCCAUAGUGGCUUAUGUAAAUGUGGGUGCUUAUCACCUGAUUGGACUCCCCAUCGCCAUUGUUCUUGGAUUCAAGACUGGUUUAGCUGCGGCUGGAAUAUGGUGGGGGUUGAUAAUUGGAGUCUUUGUUCAAACGGUCUCUCUCAUCGUUUUAACUGCCAGGACAAACUGGAACAGAGAAGUACACAAACUGAUGCUCAUCCAUGAAACACUUUUUCUCCAAAAAAAAAAAAACAAAAUCAAAAUUUUAAUUGUCUGAAAAUGGAGAUAGAAAUUUUUUGUUU